AUGCCAUUGAUCAUGGAUGAAGAUAUGGAUAUGGAAGAUCUCUUUGGUGAUAGCGAUGGCCUCUCCCUGCCGUCUCGCCCGCCUUCCAAAGAGCUUUACCAACGCGUCGAUGAACUUAGACGGGGUGGCUGCUGCCAGGGUAUUGCGUGGUCUAAUUGGGGCUGUAUAGCUACAAUCGCCGUGGACGGGGCUUCCUUGGAGCUGAGAAAUCUUCGUUGUCACCCUGAAAAUGGCAUCUGGGGACUAAGUGAACCUUUUGUCACGCCGCCAUUUACUCCAACCUUGGAGGGCGGCCCAUUGAAGCAUCUCUGCUGGAGCCCGAGUGGAUCGGAGCUGGCAGUCAUUGAUACGGCAGGAAGAGUCAACAUUUUAACCCUGUUCUCCUCGCUGAACAAACCUACUCUUCACCGGCAUGGCCAAAUUGAUCCAGCAGAUGACCUAUAUGGCGUUGUGGGCUGUUUCUGGUUAAACGUGGCUCCAUACAGUCCAAACCGGCCAUCAUUCCUAAACGGCCCGGCUGUUAAAGAAGGAUCUACCUAUCGAUAUGAGGGCUCUCAAGCUCCUGUGUUUGGCCCGUUCCACCCUGUACAUGCCAAAUCCGCAUUCGUUUGUGUGACAACAAAUGGUCUUCUACGGAUUAUCUUCCCUCAAACUAAUGGCAAGUGGUCCGAGGCACAUACAGAGCUAGAAAGUGUGGUUUCCUCUGAUGACCUUAUAACCCACGCGGCCAUUUGUCCUGAUAAAAACAAUACGCUACUUAUUGCAUUUGCCACCACUUCAAAACAACUCCGAGUUUUGCGUGCACUAGUGGAUUGGGGUCAGCCGAAGCCAACGGGAGGGAAUCAUGCUGCAACUCAGCCCUUGAAUCCUACCAUCAAAACUCGCCAUGUUGCAGCAACAAGCUGGCUACACGAUGCGCCGGGUGAGACCUUAAACGCUUCAAACAUGGAUUCGGCCAUGACGCAGCUAUCUCACUUAAAAUUCUUGCCGUCUUGCGGUGAUUCGCAUGGACGUACAACCCCCCCAACUAUAGUCGCCAUUCGCUCUCACAUGCCAGCCUCAACGUCACAUUAUAAUCAAGAUGUGCAUACAACCGUGGAUAGAUGGGAAAUCCGUGAGAAACUUCAGACCGUUCACCCAGCUUUUGAGCAAUUGAGCUCGCGUAAGAAUAGUGUGGGGUCACCGCCAGGACCCACUUUCUUCCUCAAAAAGCUUGAGAGCUUAGUUAUAAAUAAGACUCUCCUUGCCAUACAACCGAUGAAUCUUGGAAAGGUUAUCAUCUUUGCAUACAGCGACAGCUCGGUUGAGUAUCGAGACCGCAGUACAAUGGCUGAGACUUUCACCGAUCAUGACUUAGAUCGGGUUCACCAUCUUUCCCAGAUUGGGUUUUCAUAUGCUGAAGAUGAGCCUUGCCUGCAGGUUGCUUUAUCACCCAGCUUCUGCUCUUUAGUGCAGAUUCGGAAUGACGGGAAAGUCAAGUGGAAGCAACUUGAAUACCGUUUAGGCGAAAUUGGUUCUAGUAUGGAUGACCCUCUGUAUGCUGGGAUUGUUGCAGCUCUCGCACUAUCCUGUUCCACUGCGGUAAUGAGAAACGUCACUUAUGAUGACUUGCUAGCCACAGCCCACAAAUUAUCGAAAUCUAAUCUUGCAUUUGACUGGCUGAUCGAGCUGUCAAAGAUUUUAAAGGCGCCAGUCGAUUACUCAGAAGAACAACAUUUUGAUGUAUUGAUCAGGAAUACUGCUAUCCAGCUGUGUCUAUGCAUUCAAAAUUCCCUUGGAUUUCAUGGAGAAUUCCAUCCACGAACAUUUCCCGGGAAGUUUGCCUGGCUAGUUCUCCAAUUACGAAAUAUCGUUGUCCUGGUGACAAUGGCCGCAAAUCUAAAUGUGCCAGAUGGGUCAAAUCCCAAUACUAAAACAUCACCCCUCGAAGAUCCUGAGGUGAUCAAUGCUCUCGCUGGGUCUGUCCGUUGGAUUCUAGAUCUCAUGGCAUGGUUAACAGAUACCCUUUUGACUCUACCGAGCACACUUCCUCCAUCAAUGGAUCUCACGAAACCGGACGGCUUCAAACUUCCCGAACUACUCGCACAUCUCCGAUCAUCGAAUACCAUCUCCCUACAUAUGCUGCUUUCUUCCCCAACUCGCGGGUUUCUGACUGCUAUCUGUCGGCGUCUCAGUCACCUCGACUGGAUCGCUCGACGAGCGAUAAUGCAAUCAAGCUCCAAUCCCGCCUCCAACCCCCCCAACGCAAACCCAUCCCAAGCGAACAGCUCUUCCAUAAGUCCUGCCCUCCGAAACGCAUACCUCCAAAUUGCUACCCUGACAACCAACACAAUCCUCCGCAUCAAAACCAUCGAGACCCUCCUCGGAUCCCUCACCAGCAAUAUCAAAGAAGCUUACCGAAACGCUAGCCCUUCGCUUGCCGGCCGCCCUGCAGAAGCUGCCCGCAACACCCUUGAAACAAAAAUGUUAUUUGGUGGCUCAUUCCCCGACGCAUUCAAGCCCGUCAUUGUGGAAUUGUUCCGCAGAGGAGGUUUACUAGAGACGGUGCGGGACGACAUCGAGCCCGCUAAACUUUUCUUCGCUGAUUUCAGCUUGUUGGAGGUGGAUGAGGAUGCGGCCAGUGUAGCGAAGAGGAAGAGCUCUGGUAUGACAAUGGACUGUUUUCGGAAAACGUGGUUAGAAAAUCCGAAGAAGCGGAAGGGUGGAAAUGGUGGGGGGAGACAGGAUGCCGCGGCAGGUGGGGAUGCGAAUGGCAGCGGGAAUCCACCACAGGAUGGCGCUGGGGGUGGGAGACAGAUUGCACGGUGGAGGAGAUGUGCGAGGUGCGCGGCAGUUAUGGAGGAUGUGCUUACGGAGAGACGGGUGCUGCAAUGGUUGAUUAUGCAGCAGAGACGCUGCUUUUGUAGUGGGUGGUGGGAUACGCUUGCUUCAGGGGAGACGGUUGCUUGA